AUGUCUCAGCAAUCGUGUGAUGCAUCUCCCGUAUCUGACUCAGCAACACCGGGUGAGUCCUCUAACCCUAAUAGGGUUUUGAAUGUUGUACCUUUAAGGACGACUAGCAGUGAUGAAGUAAAGGCCAUAAAGCCUAAAACGGCACCUGCAAGAUGGCCCAAGGAGGGUAUUCGAAACAAGGGCGCCAAACCUUCUUCAUCUAAUACCAGAGAGGCACUUACUAAAGAAGGAACUAGAUAUGUUGAUAACAUAAUUGCCAAUAUUGUUACACGCAUUCUGAAGGAAAAUUAUCAAGUGCCUGGGAUAUCUGUCCCUCUUCAAACCAUAAUGCCUAAUCCUCUCAAGAACACCAGUAAGGCUGAAGUUUCUCAUACUUCUGGUUGUGACCCAGCUGAAGAGGAGAUCAUUAAGAAUGAACAAGGAGGUGCUGAGAAUACCAAUGUUACUGAGGAUGUCAAUGACAUCGAAGAGAAUGAGCACCCUAAGGUCAAUACUGAAAUAGGUACCAAUGUGGUAGACUUAGAUGAGUAUUCUAACAACGAGUUGCUUGCCUCUUUGAAUCCAAGUGUAGCCAACAGGCUGAUGGCUAGAAGAAAAGGCAAAGCUAUUUCCCAAAGUUCCCUUGAAAAGAAUGCAGAAGCUAAGAGCAUUGUCAAAGACUCUGUCAAGAAGAAGAGUACUUCUGCUGGUCCUAUCAAGAGCAGAGCUGUGGCUAAGAGUGUAGGGGUUGGUCCCUCAAAGUCCUGGAGCAAGGUUGUUCCAAAGAAAAGAAAAGAGAGGGAAAUUGUUGAAUCUGAGUCUGAUGUUGAAGGGGAUGUCCCUAACAUUCCAUCAAGGAAGAAGCCUACAACAAGCAAGCUUGCUGCAAGUAUUCCUGAAGUGCCUAUUGAUAAUGUGUCAUUCCACUAUGCCUCCAGUGCCAGCAGGUGGAAAUAUGUUCUCCAAAAGAGACUGGAAGUUGAAAGGAAGUUGGCUCCAAAUGCUCUUGAGAACAAGGAAAUCUUAAAGCUAAUUCAGGAAGCUGGACUAUUAAAGACUGUGUGUAACCUUCCCAAAUGUUAUGAGAGGCUGGUCAAAGAAUUUAUGGUGAACCUAUCUGAAGAUUGUGGAAACAGCAAGAGUGUGGACUUUAGAAAGGUGUUUGUGAGAGGUAAGUGUGUUUCGUUCUCUCUUUCUGUGAUUUAUAACUUCUUGGCAAGAACAGAUGAAGCUCAACCUGAGCUUGAAGUGACAGACAACAAGGUUUGUCAAGUGAUCACAGCCAAGCAGGUAAAAAGUUGGCCCUUAAAAGAGAAACUAACUGCAAGUAAGCUGAGCAUCAAGUAUGCAAUGCUUCACAAGAUAUGA